AUGGCUGUAAAGAACAUAAAAUUUCCCUCAGUCAGUGAAAUUUUUCAAAAAUUUGAAAGAUAUUUGGGUUUUAAGAAUCCCAUAAAAUGGUCAAUCGCCAUUGCUCUAAUUCUAUAUCAUGUAAUCGGUGUUUACUGGUGUUACCAUUACGCAUUUCCAGUAAAACUUGCUACUGUAAUUUAUGCUGUAUCCAUGUUCUACUUCUCUGGAUUCGGUAUCACGGGCGGGGUGCACCGUCUGUGGUCACACAGAUCGUACAAAGCAAAAUUACCUUUGCAACUGUUACUUCUAAUGGGUUUCGCUACAACCGGUCAAAAUUCCUUAUAUCAAUGGGUGCGUGACCAUCGCGUUCACCACAAAUUCAGCGACACGGAUGCUGACCCGCACAACGUCAACCGCGGCCUGUUCUUCUCGCACAUCGGAUGGUUGAUGCUGAAGAAGAACGAACAAGUGCUUGAAGCCGGGAAACUCAUCGACAUGUCUGACAUUACUGGCGACCCGUUACUUAGAUACUUUGACAGAAAUUUUAUCUGGUUAAAAACAUUGUUUUGCUACGUCAUACCCUUCAUUGUUAAUUUUUACCUGUUGGGAGAGACUUGGCAGGGUGUAGUAGCGUGGCAGUUCUUCCUCCGCUUCCUCAUCACGUUCCACGUCGAAUUGACAGUCAACAGUCUUGCACAUUUCUAUGGAUACAAGCCUUAUAACAAACACAUCGCACCCAAAGAAAAUCGUUUUGUAGCAUUCGCCACUUUUGGUGAAGGAUGUCACAACUACCAUCACGUGUUCCCCUUUGACUACAAGGCGGCUGAGCACUUCGAUUUCUUCAAUUUUUCUACAAAAACCAUCCGUAUUUUGAAUAAAAUUGGCUGGGCUUAUGAUCUGCGUGAACCUACUCCUGCGGUAAUCAAUAGUAUUGCAGAUAGACUAGGAAAUAAAAAAGUUCAAUAA